AUGAGCGACACGAACGCAACUAACGACAUCAACCCCGAUGCGGGUUGGAAAUUCAAUGCCAGACCUCAAUCAACACUUGCUCGCGACUUCUCCGCCGCCUUGGACGACCUAUUCAAACUGAAUGGCAUUGGCGCAUUGGAGGAAUCCGUUGUACAAAAGAAGGAUACAGUCCAGUCACAAAGAUACCAACUAGAAGACCUCGAUGCCAAAUUACGAGAAACCGACGAGAAACUCAAGCGGCUUGAAGCGAAACAGCGUCGACAAAGCCAGAUGACGGGCCAACACAGGCACCCUGUUUCAUCCCUCUUCUCUACUGACAAUGACGCUGAAGAUAGCAGCGGCGACAGUGAUGCCCAAGGACGGUCCUCCCCACAAGGUGAAGAGGAAUCAAGAUAA